ACCGAAUGGAGCGUCAGGGAGUGGACCCGGCCCACAGAGAAGACAGCGAAUCGGAGCCACAGCCCAUGGGGGACAGCAAGGAACAGCCGCAGGGCCAGGACAGCCGCGAGGAGGAAGCUGGUGGCGGGUCAGCUAGUACCAACCGCCAGGGGGUGCUGGAGGGAAAGUCAGGACCCUACUUCUCCUCUCUGGAAUCCAGCAUUGAAAUCCUGAAGAAGAGAGCCCAGGAGCUUAUUGAAAACAUCAACGAAAGCAGGCAGAAGGACCUCGCACUCAUGGCCAACUUCCGAGACAGCCUCAAGAUUAAGGUCUCGGAUCUGACAGAGAAGUUAGAGGAGAGGAUGUACCAGGCUUACAACCAACACAGCAAGAUCAUUCAGGAACGGCUCCAAGAAUUUACCCAGAAAAUUGAAAAGAUUAGCCAAUUGGAGACAGAGCUCAGAGAAGUCUGCCACACGGUGGAGACCAUGUACAACGACCUGUGUGUCCAGCCUGAGUGUUGGGGAUGGAACCCAGGGUCUCACGCAUACUAAGCUUACGCCCUGUCACCGUGUCACUGAGAAGCACUAGUGAGCUCACCACCAGACCCAACCCUAGGGGCCACAGUCCCUGCAAAGCCCUCGCUGCCCCUGCCAUCUGGUUUGGGGAUCCCAGCAUAGAUGGUAUGUUGAGCCAAAAAGCAAAACAGUUGUCAUUUCUCCUCGUCUGUGGUCAGCUGAGCGGUGACAGAAGCACAGCAUCCAUCGUAUCAGUCAGAAGAGACUGCUCCCGCUGCCCGCAGCCCUGAGGCCUGGGCAGUGCUUCACCCAGCUAUGCCCAUCCCCGCAGGGCAGAAGACGCCAGACAGGGGCCAUGGCCCCCAGCGUGUUUGUCUGUCCUGUGGAACACCCGUGAAACUGCUGCCCAGUAGUAACAAGUAAAUGUGUCCACAUCUUGUGGUCAGAUGCACAAGCUCUUUAUUUUUCUUUCUUUUGUCCUGCCCCAGAAACCAGCAUGAACAAGGCCUGGCUGGGGAGGGAAGGUGGCGGGUGGCGCCACCUAGGGGCCUGCUGGGGCCAGGUCUCCCAGGAGUACUUCCAGUGUACUUCCCCUCUCCCUGCUCCCCAGCCAAGAAACUGGAGGGUGAAGUCAGCUCAUCGCCUUACAAAUGGAUCCAGAAACAGAUCUUGUCUUCUUCUGAAGGGGCAUAGACGAAUGCCUUUCCGUUGUUAAUUUCCAUAUUUAAAAAUAGUGAGCCAGGCACUGAUGGCUCAUCAUGUCAUCCUAACUACUCUGGAGGCUGA